UAAUAUGAUAUAAUUUGGAAGAUGUCCGUGCCCAGAUAUCAAAACACCGGAGAAACCAAUGCAUACUUAAAUCGUCGCAUUACACUGUUCACCGUCAAACUUCACAAUGACUCCAUUCGGUAUUGUACUAGUAGCUGCUGUGUUCUCUACCCAGGUUAUGCAAGCCAUAACGCAACCUAAAAAUUAUCGAUGUAAUUCGUUAAGACCGUUGCCUCAACCGGAAUCGGAACCAAUAUCGUCCUUUAUUUUAAAACUACCACCAUUAUCGGUUAGAAAAUCAUCGUCUACGGCCUCAAAAUCUCCAGCUUUGGUUUCAAAAUCAUCGUAUUCAGUCAUCAAUUCAUCAUCUUCAGUUCCAAAAUCACCGUCUUCAGUAUCAAAAUCAUCAUCUUCAGUUCCAAAAUCACCGUCUUCUGUAUCAAAAUCACCAUCUUCAGUUUCAAAAUCAUCGUCUACGGCCACUAAGUCAUCAUCAACUGUUCAAAAAGUGACGUCUACAGUAACUAACUCAUCACGCACAGCCAACAGAAUGCAACCAGACUCUUUUAGUUUAUUUAAAUUACCAUUAAAAUUAAUUUCUAGUUUACUGAUACCACUAAUACCACCAACAAUUAGACAAAACACAUCUUCGAUUAUCUCACCACUAUUUAGUUUUCAGAUGCCUUUAACAUUCUCAACGGUUCAUCAUCCUAACUAUCUACCCUGUAAUACAAAUAACUCAACUGUUCCGUGUAACUCUUUGCCCGGUAACACAAACAAUUUACCAAUUCCUUUUUACCCUUUACCUGGUAUCUCAAACAAUUUACCUAUUUCUUUUAACCCUUUACCCGGUAAUACAAACAGUUUACCUAUUCCUUGUAACUCUCUACCCGGUAACACAAAUACCUUACCUACUCCUUGUAACUCUCUACCCGGUAACACAAAUACUUUACCUACUCCUUGUAAUUCUCUACCUGGUAACAAAAAUAACUCAACUAAUCCUUGUAACUCUGUAUCUGGUAGCACUAAUACCUUACCUAAUCCUAGUAACUCUCUACCUGCUAACAAUAAUAUCUUACCUAAUCCUUGUAACUCUAUAGCCGAAAAUGCAAAUAAUUCAAAUAAUGUUCUUUGUAACUCUCUUCUAGGGAAUUCACAUAAGUUCGUUAUUUAUAAUUGGUUUUGUAAAUAUUUGCUAAACAAAAUUCAAAAUGUAAGCUGCAAUAUUCCACCAAUUGAACUUAUUCCCACGCCUAGCGAGCCUAAUCCACCAGCGACAGACAAUCCUACAGUAACACCCAUACCUAAUGAUUUUACUGCUACACCAACUGAAGAUACACCAAAUGAUAAUAAUACACCAAAUGAUAAUAAUACACCAAAUGAUAAUACGCCAAAUGAUAAUACACCAAAUGAUAACACAUCAAAUGACAAUAUACCAAUAUCCACACCACACUACCCUAUUGCACCAUGUAUGUUUACACCAAUUAAUAAGAUCCAUACACCUUGCCUACCAUUAAUCCAUAUUCCAAAACCAAAACCAAAACCUUGUAGUGUACCAGUGAUCUACUCGAAUUCGCAUAUACCAUUAAAGCAUUGUCCGCCAAAUCGUGGAUCGUGUUCGCCAUCUUACGCUUAUUUUAAUUCAUUGUUUAAUCCUACAACUUACAAAUCUAAUACAGAUCAUACUUUAAAUCCACAAGAAGAGGUCCUUUUAAAAAUAUUAAAAAGUGUGAUCUCAAAUCCAAAUUUAUGAUUACCUUUUACAAGUAAAUGGAAAUGAGCUUAUGGAUUAACACUAAAUUUACAUUUUACAUUGUACAUAGAUAUAUUAAAUAAAUAUGGCUUCUUGAUAUUAAAAAUUUAUGGUUUAGUAGGUAUAUAUUUCAAAUUUUUGUAGUACAAUCUUAUUUUAAUAAAUAUAUUAUAUUAUAUAACUAUAAAUAUAAUUUAUAUUAAUCAUCGUGGUUUUAUUAUUACUAAAAUAUGUUGAAUUUAAAAUCACAAAAAAGAAAUUUAAAAUCUAAUAAUAGUUUACAUGCGUACUCACAAAUAAUAGCUACAAUGUUUAUUUUAUUAGUCAUAAUCUUAAUUUUUUUAAAUUUAUAUAUAACUCUUUUGUAUACAAUAGUUUUUGAGAUAUUUAAAACAUACAUACGAAUAAUUAAUAUAUCAAACUAAAAUAAUUUUUUUUCAGAAAAAUCGUAUGAACGACGCACCAAUAUAAAGUAAGUUACAAAGUAAGUUCUCCGAAAGGAGUUAUUAUUAGAUAAGAAUUAUUCUAUACCAUUUAUAGGUACCUAUAUAACGGCUGUAUCAAAUAUAGUUAAAAUGAUGUAUUAUAUGUACUAGUAUUAUAUUUUACUAUAAAAUAAUCAUUUUGUGGCGUUUUCUAAAAUAUAUUUUAAUAUAUACCUA